UGUUCUAAAACUCACUAAAUAUUUCUUCAGGUGUGUGAAGUCUAUAAACUUCAUAGAGAGACAUUUUACUUGGCACAGGAUUUCUUUGAUCGGUAUAUGGCAACACAACAAAAUGUUGUAAAAACGCUUUUACAGCUUAUUGGGAUUUCAUCUUUAUUUAUUGCUGCCAAACUUGAGGAAAUCUACCCUCCAAAGUUGCACCAGUUUGCUUAUGUUACAGAUGGGGCUUGUUCAGGAGAUGAAAUUCUUACCAUGGAAUUAAUCAUUAUGAAGGCCCUUAAGUGGCAUCUCAGUCCCCUGACCAUUGUGUCCUGGCUGAAUGUAUACAUGCAGGUUGCAUAUCUAAAUGAUUUUUAUGAAGUGCUCCUGCCACAGUAUCCCCAGCAAAUCUUCAUACAGAUCGCAGAGCUCCUAGAUCUCUGUGUCCUGGAUGUUGGCUGCUUAGAAUUUCCCUAUGGUGUACUUGCUGCUUCUGCCUUGUAUCAUUUCUCUUCAUCCGAGUUGAUGCAGAAGGUUUCAGGGUAUCAGUGGUGUGAUAUAGAGAAGUGUGUCAAGUGGAUGGUUCCAUUUGCCAUGGUUAUAAGGGAGACAGGAAGCUCAAAACUUAAGCACUUCAGAGGGGUUCCUGCUGAAGAUGCCCAUAACAUCCAGACCCAUAUAAACAGCUUGGAUUUGCUGGACAAAGCCCAAGCAAAGAAAGCCAUAUUGUCUGAAGAAAAUAGGAUUUCUCCUCUCCCCACUGGAGUCCUCACCCCGCCACCGAGCAGUAAGAAGCAGAGCAGUGGGCAGGGAACAGCAUGACCACACCGGCAUCCUCCACCAAAGACAGCUGUGCGGAAGUGCCUGCUCCAGGUUCUCUCCUGUCGGCUGCAGCAGAGGCCUGCAUUAGCUUUUACAGAUAUUUAAAUGGAGGAGCACGGCUCUUCCACCAUAGGAGGUUUUCUGCGGAUAGCAUUGGACAGGGAGAAGUGUUUUUUAUUGA